ACGACGACGACGACGACGACAAUAACGACGUGGACGACGACGACAACGACGACGACGGCGACGACAACGAGGACGACGACGAGGACGGCGACGGCGACGUUGACGGCGACGACGACAGUGACGGCUACCACAACGGCGACGGUGACGGCAACGAGAACGAGGAAGAAGAGGAGGAGGAGGAAGAGGAGGAGAACGAGAGUCCUAGCAACUCGUCUUCCUGGAAGGACGAAGGACAAAGGGGGAGGUGGAAGAGAAGAAGAAGAGGAAGAAGAAGACAAAGAGGGUGGUAACAGUGGUACCGAGCAACUCGUACUCGGUGCUACCGUUGCUGCUGCCGGUGGUGGUAGUAGUAGUAGUAGUAGAAGUAGUAGUAGUAGUAAUAGCAGUAGUAGUAGUAGCGGUAGUAGUAGUAGUGGUGUUGGUGUUGCUACUGGUGGUGCUGCUGCUACUGGUGGUAGUGGUGAUGGUGGUGGUGGUGGUGGUGGUGGUGGUGUCGUCGAGCUUAGCACCACGACGACGACAACAGUCGCCAAGCCGAUGUCAGCGAGUUCGUAUCCUGGAGAUGAGGAGGAGCUGCCGGGAGCGGAAAAUCACCAGCUAGCGAAACGGCCGAGCUCUGGAGAAAGAGAAGGAAAAGGAGAGGAAGGAGAGGAAGAGGAAGUUGGAGAACUGGGCAAGGACGAGUCGACGUUACGCGAGGAGGUCAAGGUCAUCGACUCCUCGCCGUCGUCGUCCUCAUCCUCGACGAACACCGGGACGACGACGGUACUUUCCACCACGCUGUUACCACCACCCAAUCGGGACACCUCUAUGGAAGCACUGGGUACGAGCAGUUACGUAGUGUCAGCGGUGCUCGUUCUAAUAGUUGGUGCGCUGCUGGCCAUCUUGGCGACGGUAUCGCAUCAUCUCCAUCACCGUCGACUCGAGCCUUUGCACGAGUCGAAUUCUGCCUCCAUUUUGCAUGACCAUCGCCAUCUUCAUCAUCACCAUCAACGACAUCAUCAACAACAACAACAACAGCAACACCAACUACAACAUCGCCGUCGUCAUCAAGAGGAUCGAGAAGAAUCCCCGCCGGCGUUGCAUCAGCAACAUUCCUUCCUACAGGAUCAUCACCGUCAUCCUGGAACGCAAAUGCUAUCGAUGGGUUCGGCAUUGGACGUUCGUAGAGGAGGAAGAGAAGGAGGUGAAGUAGGAGGAGGUGGAGGUGGACGUAGAGACGGAGGGGGUGGCGAGGCAACGAACGGAAACGCGUUGGCCCGAGGCGUUCGAAUAGCUGCAGCCGCCGUUCGUGGACAGGGUGAUGUCCUUCAACAAGAAGCGAUGGUCGCCGCAGCGAGAGACAGGGCGAUCAGGACAGGUAGCGUGAGGCAAGAUCUCGCCCUCAAUUUACCUCCGCGGCUGGAGCUCCCGGAUGGGGAGGAACGCCCUUACGGAGCGCAAACCAAUUUGCAUCUUCGUGACCCCUUGCAGGAAAGCGAGAUCUACCAAAAGUGCAUACGGCCACCACCAAACCGGACUAUCUUCGAUAGCGAGAGUCCACCCCCGUAUCGUAGCCAGUCGGCACUGUUGGAGCCACCGGAACAAAUAGUACGCUGUCACAGCGCGGGUAGCUCCCUGCUGAAAAUGUUUCGCAAGUUUCCAAGUUCUGCUAGUAGUAGUAGUACGUCGUCGUCGUCGGCGGCGGCGGCGGCGGCGGCGGUGGGGGCACCGACGCCACCGAAAAAGUCCACCCUGUCCAGCUAUUCCGAGUCCAGUAGCAACCUGUCCACUCUGACUGUGGUGCCCUGUGAAACGGACGAGAGUCAACAGGAGCAGCAUCACCAUCGGCAGAAACGCGUCUGAUCCGAGGCCAGUGGUGGUGGUGGUGGAUCCUCAUGCCCGAGGAAGAGGCGAGCGUUCCUUCCUUUCAACAAGAAGACGAAGAAAAAGAAGAAGAAGAAGACUCUCCUUUCAGCAGCGUCGUCAUCGACCAUCAACACUGACGACACGAUGAUCCUCCUACUCUUUCUUCGCGGUGCGCCACUUGAAGACUGAACUACGACCAAUAGCAACGGCAACGCAAGACUUCUCUCUCCAUUGCUUUUGGUUCGAGGACCAAGCGAGAACGGCGCCGAAAGAGAGAGUAGAGUACAGAAAAAGAAAGAGAGACAGAGAGAACAAGAGAGGAGUACCCCUGGCCUUCUUCUUUUUCUUCUCUCUCUCUCUCUCUCUCUCUCUCUCUCUCUCGCUCGCUCUUUCUUUGUUUCUUUCUCUUUUUAUUAUAUAAACAUUAUCCUGCAGAUCUCAUACUUAUUCCAAAGCGUGGUACAUAGGAGAGGGAAAGAUUAAAUCUUGCUGAGAGAGAGAGAGAGAGAGAGAGAGACAGGCAAAGAAAUCGUAUAAGCUGAGAUGUUGCUAUUUUAUUUCCAUGUAAUCUCCUUCCAAGAAAGAGAGAGAGAGAGAGAGAGAGAGAGAGAGAGAGAGAGAGAGAUGAGGAUAGGGAGAGAGACAUAGUACUGGACCGUAAUAAGGGAGAAGAAAAUCGCUCGCCUCCCCUUCGACGUCGAUGCGAUCGACUAAUGGACGAUUCGCAACAGUGUCGCAAAAGUUUUCUUCGAGAAAAGACUUAGUAAAUUAUUUAUUGGCGAUAUUCGCGUCUUGCCUUCUCGUACCGAGAGAUUCUGGCAGACGAGAGUGAAUGAGUGAGAAUGAGAGAGAGAGAGAGAGAGAGAGAGAGAGAGGAAUAAAUGCGAGCAUGUUAGGGAAAGGAAGACCAAUUGAGAGCUAAAAGGGCUAAAAAACGAAAAAAUAUAAAACAGAGAGAAAGAGAUGAAAAAGUAGUGCCAAGAGCGAAAAUAAGAAGGAAAGAAACAUUGUAAAUAUUAGAUUAGGUAGUUCAAUAUUACAAUAUAAUUAUUACGACUAAAAAUUAUAUGCUACAAUACCGAUUAAAAGUAAACAUCCAAUAUACGUUACGAACACGCAUACCAUUUAAAGAUAUGAGCUGGCACGCUCUCAGUGCCGGGCCGUACGAAAGUGACGUUCUUUUUCUUCGCGGGACACGCGUGUUUUUCUCUUUUCAAAGAUGGCCACGUUUUUUUAGCGAUCGUUAAUUCGUCCCUUGUCUUUCCCCUAUCUAAGCACGUAAGUUUUCAUUCUCGUAGUUUUUCUCGUUGCAAAGGAUAUACUUUUGUAUUUUCCUUUCUUCGAAAGCAAAGAGAAAGCCAGAGACGUUCACGUUUUAGUGAUCGAUCGAUGGCGCACUCUUCUUUUCCAAACGCUUUGAAAAGCUACGAAUCGAUUUAGGAAAAAAGACGCGUGCGUGGCCAUCAUCGGUUCGCCCAGAGUCGCCUUCGAAUUUGAUCGGCGACGGCGGCGGCGGCGUCUCCACGUUUCGUACGGCUCUGCGUACAUACGUCUGAUAUAAACACACGCUACUUUUAUUAUUAUUCGAAUAGAUAAGGCCUCAGUUUUCGACGAAAUAGGACGAGAUCCGUACCCGGUCGUUGCCUUUUCGAGUCUCGGCGUCGACGAGAGGAGUUGCGCGAGAUCAAGUAAUUAAUUAAUUAACUAAUCGAUUAAUAGCUAGAAGAAAUUGUUUACACGGCGACCUUCGUCGAUCUAUUUUCGUACAAUAGGCCGACGCGAAUGAAUUAAGGUUCGAGAUUAAUUCCUAGGCGCGUAGUUUAAAUCCGGUAAACGAGUAAAAAGAUACAGAACAAUAUGUCGUAGGUCUCCGUUGUAUUCUCCAAAGUUCCUACCCGCGAUCUUUUCUUCGACGAUUUGUUUCUGAUACGUGAAAGAGGAAGACGACUGAAGAAGAAGACGAAGAGGAUGAAGAAGAAGAAGAAGAAGAAGAAGAAGAAGAAGAAAGAAAAAAGAAGAAAAAUUAAGUAAAAUGAUAGAUAGAGAAUUUGGUAGAUCGACUCUCGCGUCUCGUCGAGCCCGAACUCCGAUAUGCUUCCCGGGACGGAACGAAUCACCCGAGUAUCUCAUGAGAAGUCACCAAUUAUUGUAAUUUUAAACGAAAAGAAAUCCGACGAAGGGGAAAGAAAGUUUAAACAGAUGCGAACUAUUUUCCGACGCGUUUCCCUCCAACGAUUCGCGGAUUGCGUGCGUCGCGUGUCACGAGUUAGCCGUGAGAUCGAUUCGACAAACAAACAAACAAACAAGCAAACAAACAAACAAACGAACGAACGAACAAAUAAAAAGUCGGCUAAAACUGGAGCGCGCUGAGUAUGAUAGGAAAAAGUGUUUUUAAAAAGAAUCUUUUAUUCGCGAACAGGCUGACACAAACUCCCUCCCCCCGACAAAGAUCAUAACUUCUCAAAUGUUUGACGUCUCUUCAAACGAAACUUGAUCUUGUCGUCCGUAGAAAAAUGUUAACAAGCCAAACGAUCAGGCUCGAGUAUUUUUCUAUCAUGAUCAUUGCGAGCCAAAGUAUCGUCGUCCAAAAUUCGGGAAUACUUCAAACUUACUUAUUAUGACUUAUUAUUACUCGUAGAGGAUGUUCUAUCCCGUUCUCAUUUUUUACAAUAGGAAAUUGUAUUUAACUGCGUACUGCAACUAUUGUAUCGUCGUUUGAAAUUAUGUAAUACGUCAUAAAAAAUAUCUUCGUAGGCUUACUCGUCGUUUCAUCCUACGAGAAACUCUCGACUCGAUGAAAUCACGAAUGCUCUUAUCAUAUAAAAUAUUUUUCCUACGAGUAAAUCGAUCAAUUUUGGAAGAUGAUAUUUUCGUUCGCAGUGAUCGCAAUUGGAAAAAUUCCAUAUAAAGUUAUGUAAACUUUGACUGUUGAUAUUUUGGAAUAUACGACCAUUCAAGGCUCGUAUCUAUAUCGGCGAAACUCGAAUGAAACUCGUAUUCUACCCUAGUAUAAUUUUCUUCUAUAUAAAGAGAUAUUCGCGCGGUUCCGGUUCUAGGUGAUUCUCGCGACUUCUACCACGAAUCACGUGACCGUGAAUCGACCAAUCGCGAUUCGAUAAUCGAAUUCGUUUGGCUCGUAAAAAAUAACGUAUAACGAUGACAGAGAAGCGGAAGAGAGAGGACGUGAUGAAAGAAAAGGGUUGUUUCAGAGAGAGAGAGAGAGAGAGAGAGAGAGAGGGAGAUAGAGAGCAAAGUGUUUAUCCAAAAGACCGCUAUCAUGCCUUUUGAGAAAAUGUGUAUGUCCGGGCAGUUUUACAAACGAAAUUUGACCCCGUGUUUCUCUCGACGCACGUUGCGAAACAACGUUCGCAAUAACGUUCGCAUUGGCAAAGUUUUCGUAUGGAGUUGAAGAGGGGUAAAUAAAAAAGUAAAGAAAUGGUUUCUCCAUCGCUCAAAAUGUGUUCAACGCGCAUGCAAUAUUUAAAUGACGAGGAUCAAUCGUAACCGUAUUAUUUAACGAUUGGGUCAUCGACGUGGCCUUGCGAUCGAGUGAGAUGAUACGCGUUCAGCGAAGAGAUAAGACAGGGAGAAAGAUAGCGAAAGAAAAGAAAAUGCAAUGGGUUCUGUGCAAGUCUCAAUUAAAUUGUAAAUGUUAUUAACUUAGAUUGAAUUUAAAGAAAAAAAUAGAGGAAAAAAAAUGAAGUAAGGAGUGAAAUGACAAUGGAAGUUACCUUAGAUCGCUUACUAGACCGAGUUUAUACGCGGGCGGUUAAUGGAAAGUAAAUCCUAAAAAAAUUCGUCUAGGAAAAAUCUCUUAAUUAUCUAUCAUUAAUCAUUAGAAGAUUCUAUAGAGUGCGAUAAUUUAACGAUUUGUUAACGAGAUUCGCCGUACGAGCGAAAGAUUAUGAAAUCGUGGCCUUUCGACGCAAACGCGAGAGAGAGAGAGAGAGAGAGAGAGAGAGAGAGAGAGAGAGAGCGAGCGAGAGAAAAGAAAAGAAAGAAAAAGAGGAAGAGGACGAACGACGAGGAGGUAUUUCAAACUCGCCCGCCGAUCGAAGAGACACGAUCUUCCAUUGGAGAGAGUCCAAUUAGCUGUUUCAUUCGGACGAACGGCUCGGUUCGAGCGUUGGAUCUCGGUUCGAUACUUAUCGAAAUGCACGACUUUGAAGACGACGCUUUAUUAUUUUUUUCUCUCGCAUUUUGUCGAUCUCGGAAAGAUCUUGUCGAGAGCCAAAGCAAAUGGGAGAAUUCGUCGACAAGAUCAUUGUUUCGACCAUUAUUCUUUGACCCUUCGAUUUGUUAUUUUUUUGUAUUUGUUUUUUAUAUAUUGUUAAUAUGUGUAACAAGACGUCUCACGUUUUAGGACGUUCCUUGGUAUAUUGGAAAAUACAUAUCAUCUGAUUAUUAGUUUUUCCUUCCUUUUUUUUUUCUUUUUGUUUUUCUUUUUUCUUCUGUUUCUCCGUUUCGUUCAUCAUAGCCAUAAAAAAGCGCGUAGGAACGAUCGACGAGCAUCGAAAUAAUAAUAAAUUAAGCUCGGACAGAUGCGAUUUGACAAAAUAAAUCAUCGCGAUAUCAUGUAUGCGUCCUCCUACUGUGUACGUGGGAUUGGCGUAAAGCGUAAAUACGCGUUGAAAUUUCGUGAUUUUUACGAAAAUAGUAGAUUCGGUCGUUCCUUAUCGUCGUACUCGAGUCAACGAGAAUUCUCCAAUGAAUCUAGUCACGCCGAGCCGUACGUCCGCUCGUCAAAGUAAAUCGGUCGAUAAACUCUAGCUAUUGUCAUUAAAAAUAUUGAAAUAGAUCGUCGACCGAACCGUCGAGGGAGAGAGAGAGAGAGAGAGAGACAGACAGACAGAAAAGGAACGUGUUUAAAAAGAAAGAAAAAAAAAUAACGUUGUUUCAAUCAUUCUUUUCUUUUUCUUUUCUUUCCUCGGCGGCGAUAGCGGCGGUCAUCUUAGGCA